CAAACCAAUCAACAAGCGACUCAGUCGGACCGGUUAUAUUUUGAAAACUGUCAGUUGAGAGCGAGUGUGUUGUCCGAUUUCGGUGAAAAAAAGAAUAGCUGUCCUGUCAUCAUAAACAAGAUGGAAGAAGACAACCAUACGGACAGAAUGCAGAGACUUGCCAUGGUUUGUCAAAAGCUGAACAAGAUUAGAAAACAUCUAAAUACAGAUCAUGACACUGACAAUAUUAACCAGAUCAUCAGCUCGUCGUCGUCUGAAGCUUGUCUGUCAUACAUGAUAGAUCUGGAGCAUAAAAGGGACCCUCACUCAAAUCCCAACCAUCUCACCCAGCUCAUCAGUUUUUAUACCAGAGUGUUCUCAAAUAUGCCACUCGGAUUACACUGUCAAAAUGAGAGCUAUGCCAGGAUGUUGGUCAGAUUUGCAGAGUUGAAAGCAAUUGAAGAUGUCCAUGAAGCUGAGGCCAAUUUUGAUGUGGCACGAUCUCAUUGCCAUAACUUUGCAUUUGUCCACAUUGCGCAUGCAGAGUUUGCACAUUCUCAAGGCAAAACAAAGAAAUGCAUGUAUAUACUGGAUAAUGCAAUUAAACUGGGUGCUGAACCAAAGGAACUGCUCGAGACUGCCUUGCAGAGGUUGCAAGCAGAGGAAAAUCGUGUUUUUCCUUCAGACGACAAGGAAAAUGACCCAUUAUUUUUAAACAGUACUGCACAUGAUGAUUUCAUAAUAAGCUCAGAGAUCCAGACUGAUAAGAGGAAAUCAGAUGGGAGUGGUUCAUUGCAUCUGUCAAGCAUUUUCAAUUUAGGAAGCGAACUUCUCAGUUCAGAUGACCAGCAGCUGAACUGGAGAUCUGCAUCUCGAUGCAAGACUUUGCCAGGCAGAGUUCCCAAUGCUCUUUUGUCCGUCCCAGAAAAGGAUGGUUUUCCAUGUAACUUUGAUGGGAGCCCAUCAAACAGCAGUGAUGGAUCAGUCAUACAGACUUUGUUCAGGCAAACAUCUGGUUCAAAUAUUAGUUCAAACCUUGGGCUUCUCUCGUCAAAGAAAGUUGCUGUUGAUGACCGCUUGGCCAGCUUUCCGACACCAUCUGUCACUCCAGAAAGUAAACCUUUGAAAGACCAGGCCUCUGUGGUGUCCAUGACCACUCUUCUUUAUUCACAUGAUACGAAGAACACUCUGAAAUUAGACGAUGAAACUUACAAUUUUGAACAAAUCCUAAAUUCAAACUCCCCUGAGACAUGUUGGAUUUACCUGAUAAACCUAGAAAAAAGAGGCAACCCUCAUACAGACAUCUACCUUCUUAAUAAACUCAAGGAUUGUUAUUCUAAACUUUUCUCAUAUCUGCCAAUAAGACAGUACAGCAAGAACCCGAGCUAUGCAAGAAUACUGAUCAGAUAUGCAGAACUCAAAGGCAUUAAUGAUCCUGAUGAAGCUGAAGACCAUUUCAUAGUUGCAAGAUCCCACUGUAAAGCCUUUGCAUUUGUCCAUGUUGCGUACGCUCAGUUUGAGGCAUCUCAAGGAAAUGUGAGCAAGGCAACUUCAAUACUCCUCAAAGCCCAGUCAUUAAAUGCCAAGCCAGCUGAGCUGCUGGAGGUGGCCCUGCGGAACCUGGAAGCUGGAAAGAAACAACUUGUUUCCACCAUGGAUGAGCAGCUCUCAAUCGUGCCCCAGCUCCCUGCUAGGGUCGCUGCGAACAAAACUGUGAAACAACUCAAACCUGCCAGCAAGGAAGAUGUCUCAGUUGGAGAAUGGAAGAUCCCAACAAUGAAGACAUCUCCAGAGGUACACUGCAUAACACCACCGGAUUCCAAACAGUUUCCUUGUGCAUUGACUCAUUCUCGGCCACUUCCAUCGAAAUUAGAUCAACUGACUCCAAACAACUAUGGAAACCCAUCUGCUAAUAGCUCUAUUUUUCCCAUUGUAAACAGAGACCCUGUGGUGUUGUAUUCAUCUGGAAUAGUAGCACAGAAAGGUGGACCUGUGCAACAGCCAUCCAGACCUCUGAACCCAUUAGAUGGUUUUCAUACUCAGCAGCAGGCUUCCAUUACAUCAUUGUCAAAUGAAACAAUUAUGAUUAAAAGCAAGCGGUUCUUCAUUCUUAAAAUGAUUGGACGAGGUGGAUCCAGCAAGGUGUACCAGGUUUUGGAUGAAAAAAAACAGUUGUUUGCAGUGAAAUAUGUAAACCUUGAGGAAGCAGAUGCUCAGACUGCAGAAAGUUACAAGAAUGAGAUUGAACAUCUGAACCACUUGCAGCAAUACAGUGAUCAAAUUAUAAAGCUCUAUGACUAUGAAAUAACAAACAACUACAUUUAUAUGGUGAUGGAGUGUGGUAACUUAGAUCUAAAUACUUGGUUGCGCAACCGAAUGACUGUCAAUCCACUUGAGAGGAAAUUCUACUGGAAGAACAUGCUAGAGGCUGUCCAUACUAUCCACAAGCAUGGCAUUGUCCACAGUGACUUGAAGCCAGCAAAUUUUGUCAUUGUAAAUGCAUCACUGAAGCUAAUUGACUUUGGCAUUGCAAACCGUAUCCAACCAGAUGUGACGAGCAUUAUGAAGGAUUCCCAAGUCGGAACCCUGAAUUAUAUGCCCCCUGAGGCAAUUAAAGACACUUCAUCCCAACAUGGGAAAGGAUGCUCAAAAAUCAGUCCAAAAGGUGAUGUGUGGUCCCUUGGCUGUAUCCUGUACUGUAUGACGUACAGAAAGACUCCAUUCCAAAGCAUCACCAACCAAAUCGCCAAGUUACAUGCCAUCAUUGAUUCCUGCCAUAAAAUCGAAUUUCCUGACAUAUCAGAGAAGGAUUUACUGGAUGUGUUGAAGAGGUGCUUGGUCAGAAAUCCGAGAGAGAGAAUAUCCAUUGUAGAACUACUGGAGCAUCCAUACCUGCAAUUGAAGGCACCAGGGUCUCCGGAGCCAGGUACAAAUCCCGAACGUCCAUGCAACAGUGAUCUAAAAAAAAUCCUAACGGACCUUGCAGCCCUUCAGUCUCCCAACACCAUCGUCAGAGCUGCUAAUAAUCUGGCCAAAAUGUGCAACAGUGGCAGGAAGCUGGAUGUGGCAGAGUGUGCUAAGUCAACUUAACAGUGCAGAAAAAGAAAUGUCAAUGUUUUUUCUUUUAAUACGUUAAUGCAGUAAAAAUGUUGUAUUGCUGCAAGAUAGAACAGAACUGGAUUACACUUUUUUUUUCCUUGCAGCAAAAUUGUUCACCUCGCUCUUUGGAUCAUUCUAAAGCCCUGUUAUGUAUAUAUUAUAAACUUGCUGUAUACUCA